CGCCUGUAUGUCGGUCGUCUGCCGCGUGAUGUGCGUGAGCGCGAUAUCGAGAAGCUGUUCAAGGGAUACGGAGAGAUCCGUGACAUUUGCCUGCUGUCCGGGUUCGGGUUUGUCGAGUUCCGCGACCGGCGCGAUGCCGAGGACGUGAUGCACGACUUCAACAACCGCGACUUCAUGGGUGAGCGCCUGCUGAUCGAGCCGGCCCGUGACCGCGGAGACGACCGCGGACGCCGCAUGGGCAGCAUGGGCGCGCCACAGCGCACGCCGUUCCGCAUGCUCGUUGAGAACCUUUCGUCGUCGGUGAGCUGGCAGGAUCUCAAGGACUUUGCCCGGCGCGCGGGCGAGGUGUCGUUUGCCGACGCCCACAAGCUCCGCCCUGGCGAGGGCAUCGUCGAGUUUGUCGACGAGGAGGGCCUGCGCACGGCGCUGCGCAAGCUCGACGGCGAGGAGCUCCGCGGUCGCCGCGUGGUUCUGCGUGAGGACUUUGGCCCUCGCGGUGGCAACGGUGGAGGUGGAGGCGGCCGCUACCCACGUGAGCGCUCGUACUCGCCGCGCCGGUCGUCGCGCCGGUCGCGCUCGCGUUCGUACUCGCGGGAGCGCUCCCGCUCUCCGCGCUACCGCCGGUCGUCGUACAACAACCGGUCGUCGCGCUCGCCGCCGCCA